AAGACGGGAGCUAAAACGGAGUUUUUAAGGAACCUCAAUUCCCUCUUUAAAUUUUCCAUCAUCCACCAAUCCACCCCACCAUGGCCGGUGCCACCGUGAACGGAUAUUUCUCUUAAUUUCCACAACUUUUGAACACAACAGCCAUUAAUAUUUCUCUAACCGAAAGCAAAACUUUCCCUUUCUCUCUGUUUCCCGUCCCCUCCAUUUCUCCAAAUUAUAAAUUCUCAAAUCCCAAAAGCUCAAAAGGAAGAGAGAGAGAGAAUGCGAGCGCAAUUAUUCACUUUUUAAGUGUUUCUUCCUUUGCCAGCUCUUCAAACGGCUUCAUUUCUGAUCUCACACCUCCAGGCUUCAUCAUCUGCUCUGGACAAAGAAAAGCGAAAGAGAAAAAGAGAAAGUGAAACCAAAGGUCUCUGUAAAACCCAUAUAUAUUUUUUGGUUUGGGUCGUCGGAGUUUUAGAAAUCAGAAGGUACAAGUUGGAAGAGCUUCUCUUUAGUCUGUUAAGGAAAAGGAGUCGAGAAGUUUGCUGCACAAUGUCUAGCUCUACAAAAAUUCUGGAUCCUACUUUUCAAGGAGUUGGUCAGAAAGUAGGGACUGAAAUUUGGCGGGUUGAGAACUUUCAACCAGUUCCAUUGGCUAAAUCAGAUUAUGGUAAAUUCUACAUGGGGGAUUCUUACAUUGUUCUGCAGACAAGUUCUGUGAAAGGAGCUUCUUAUCUAUACGACAUUCACUAUUGGAUUGGAAAGGAUACAACUCAGGAUGAAGCUGGCACUGCGGCCAUAAAGACAGUUGAACUUGAUGCAGCCCUUGGAGGGCGUGCAGUUCAGCACAGAGAACUUCAAGGGCACGAGUCAGACAAGUUUUUGUCAUACUUUAAACCAUGCAUUAUCCCAUUAGAGGGGGGUGUUGCGUCUGGAUUCAAGAAACCUGAAAAAGAAAAGUUUGAAACACGACUUUAUGUUUGCAGAGGGAAACGAAAUAUCAGAUUGAAGCAGGUUCCAUUUGCUCGCUCUUCACUCAAUCAUGAUGAUGUGUUUAUCCUGGAUACCGAGAAGAAGAUUUAUCAGUUUAAUGGUGCAAAUUCCAAUAUCCAAGAAAGGGCCAAGGCUUUGGAGGUGAUUCAGUAUUUCAAGGACAAGUAUCAUGAGGGGAAAUGUGAUGUGGCAAUUGUUGAUGAUGGAAAGCUACAGGCUGAAGCGGAUUCAGGUGAAUUCUGGCUGCACCUUGGAGGUUUUGCACCAAUUGGAAAAAAGCCUCCUAGUGAAGAUGAUGUUGUUCUGGAAAAAACUCCUGGGACACUUUAUAGUAUUACUGAUGGUCAGUUAAAGAUAGUUGAGGGUGAACUUUCUAAAUCAAUGUUGGAGAACAACAAGUGCUAUUUACUUGAUUGUGGUGCUGAGGUAUUUGUUUGGGUUGGCCGGAUAACACAAGUGGAAGAGAGAAAAGCUGCCAGUCAAGCUGCUGAGGAAUUUAUAACCAGUCAGAAUAGGCCGCAAUCAACGUGCAUAACCCGGGUUAUUCAAGGGUAUGAGACACGUUCAUUCAAGUACAACUUUGAGUCUUGGCCAUUGGGGACAGUGGCCUCUGGUGCUGAGGAAGGAAGAGGAAAAGUAGCGGCUCUUUUGAAGCAACAAGGUAUUGGUCUCAAGGGAAUUGCAAAAGGUGCUCCUCCUGUAAAUGAAGAUCUUCCUCCUCUGCUUGAAAGUGGUGGUAAAACUGAGGUAUGGCGCAUCAAUGGCAGUGCCAAGACACCAGUUCCAAAAGAAGAAAUUGGUAAAUUUUACAGUGGAGAUUGCUACAUUGUUCUUUAUACAUACCACUCAGGCGAUAAGAAAGAGGAAUUCUUCUUGUGUUGUUGGAUGGGGAAAGAUAGUAUUCAGGAUGACCAGAUGAUGGCUACUAAGUUAGCUAAUACAAUUUCCAACUCGUUAAAAGGGAGACCUGUUCAGGGCCGUAUUUUUGAGGGCAAAGAGCCACCCCAAUUCAUUGCACUCUUUCAACCUCUGGUUGUCCUCAAGGGUGGAUUAAGUACUGGUUACAAGAAUAAGGUGGAAGAGAAAGGUCUUAAUGAUGAAACAUAUACUGCCGAUGGUGUUGCACUUAUUCGUAUUUCUGGAACAUCUGUGCAUAAGAAUAAAGCAGUUCAAGUUGAUGCAGUGGCAGCAUCCCUAAAUUCUGAUGACUGUUUCCUUUUGCAAUCCGGCUCUUCAAUUUUCAGUUGGCAUGGAAAUCACAGUAACUUUGAGCAGCAACAGUUGGCUGCAAAAGUGGCUGAAUUCUUGAAGCCAGGAGUUUCCUUGAAACAUUCUAAGGAGGGAACCGAGGGCUCAGCCUUCUGGUUUGCACUUGGAGGGAAGCAAAGUUACACAAGCAAAAAAGUAACACAAGAGACUGUCAGGGAUCCGCACUUGUACACUUUCUCAUUCAAUGGAAAGUUCGAGGUCUCCGAAAUUUACAACUUCUCUCAAGAUGAUCUGUUGACUGAGGAUAUGCUGAUACUCGACACACAUGCUGAGGUCUUUGUUUGGGUCGGCCAGUGUGUGGAUUUGAAAGAAAAGCAAAAGGCUUUUGAAUUUGGCCAGAAGUACAUAAAGAUGGCCGGAAAUCUGGAAGAGUUAUCUCCCGAUGUACCACUGUACAAGAUCACAGAAGGGAAUGAGCCAUGCUUCUUCACAACAUACUUUGUUUGGGAUUCCUCAAAAGCCACUGCUCAUGGAAACUCAUUUGCAAAGAAACUGUUCUCUCUUUUUGGUGCAUCACAUUCAUCAGAGAGCCAAGAUAGGUCAAACAGAUCAAAUCAAGAAGGACCAACUCAAAGAGCAUCAGCUUUAGCUGCACUGAACUCUGCCUUUAAUCCCUCCAGUGCAACCAAACCUGCAGCUUCCAGACCACUGGGUGCAAGCCAAGGAUCACAGAGAGCGGCUGCUGUAGCUGCUCUUUCAAAUGUUCUUACUGCUGAACAGAAGAAGCGCUCCCCUGAUGUAUCUCCUGCUCGAGGCGCUAGAAGCCCCUCAACAGACACAAGUUUUGCUGAGGUGAAAAUUGUAAAUGCUAAUUCUGAGGUGGACUCUCAAGGAGGAUCUCCAGUGAAGGAAACAGAAGAGGGAAGAAUAUCAUCUGUAUCAGAAAGCAAUGGAGAGGAUUCAGAGGUGAAGCAAGAGAUGCAGCAGGAGACAGAGCAGGAGGCUCCGCAGGAUGAGAAUGGUUGUGCGACAUACAGUUAUGAUCAAGUGAACGCCAAAUCCACCAACCCAGUUAGUGGAAUUGAUUUUAAGAAGAGAGAGUCCUAUCUGUCUGACGAGGAGUUCAAGACUGUAUUGGGUAUGACAAAAGAAGCAUUCUACAGGCAGCCAAAGUGGAAGCAGGACCUUCAAAAGAAGAAAGUCUCUCUCUUCUGAGUCAUACCGAGUGACUGUGCACGCCAUUUUUUCCUGCAGCUCUUUUUUUCUCCUCUGCCAUACCUUGUUAUUUGGUUUCCAUUAUCCGUCCUAGAAAUGUGAUUAUAUCAGUACAGUGUUUGUGGGUUGUUAUAUGUUGAAGUUGCUAUUUGCCUGGUCAUGAAGAUAGCUACUGACAGUAUUGUAUCUGCUAUUUUGCUGCCUGCCUGAGGAAUGUCGUUUCUUUUUUUAUUUAUUUAUUUUUUUCAAUUUUUUAUUUCGGGAGCUGCUGAUAUCCCUGUGAUGAGCAGGAAUUGUAGUUUUAAGACAGCAGCAAGCAGGCAAUAUUCUUUCAUUUGUACAUGAGGGUUUAGCGUUUGAUGUGCUCUGAUUCAUCUUGUAGUGUCUGGUAUAAAGGUUGUUUGCAAUUUCUAAGUCUUUUAUUUUUUAUUUAAUUUUUAUUCACUCUUGGAUCA